GUCCCUUCUUACAAUACUGACUCUUGAUUCGUGCAUCGGCAGCACAAUAUUCAAUGAUCAAUGCCCUCCAACUGCAUACACUUACAACACAACUGUUUUUCCUAAACUUACUGACUAUUUAAAGUUUUCCAUUAAUUACAAGGUAGAUCCAUGUGAAGAUUUCUAUCAGUUCGCAUGUGGGAGCUGGAUAGCCAAUACACCUGGCACGCCACAAAUUUGGGGAGAAAUAUCGCCGUUCCACAAACUAAAUGACAAAUAUAAGGAAGAACAAAGAAGAGUGCUGGCUUCAAAUGAGAGCUCGAGAUCUCAAGCAAUCACACAAGCUCGCAAUUUCUAUCAUCGCUGUGUCGCUGCUGAACAACAAUGGAACACCACAGGAAGUUCUGGAAUAAAGUAUGUAAUGAGAAAAAUCAG